UUGUGCCCUAUGAAGAGAAUUAACUUCCCUCCUUCCAAUCCUAUUGAAAAGGGGGGCAGAAAAAAAACAGAGGGAGAUGAGAGCAGCAAAUCCCUUUUUCAUUCCUCUUGUAGUGCUCAAUAAGAGAAGAAUGUGUCGCCUAUCACUCACGGAGGGGAUCAAGUCUUCCGGACUGUCCCACGCGCUCAAUGCGCUGCUGUGCAGAGCAGAGAUAGACAGAGAGAGCACGUGAAGAGAACAGCAGCAGCAGCGUCCAGCAGCCUAGACUGAAAAGCCACUACAUAGGAGGACUCAUUUAGCAACCUGUUUCCUCUGUCUGACAGUCUCCUCACCAGAUUCAUUUCAGGCAAUUGCUAUAAAACAGGCUCCUCGUUGCUUUUUCACCUCUCAAGUCCCUCUCUUUGGAAUGUGGUGUGACACAAUGAGGAUCCUCACACUGCUUCUGGGGGUGAAAGCCGCGUGCAUCCUGCUCGUUUCCUCGCUCUCAGGCACGGGAGCAGUCAACAAUAGCGGCCGGUGGUGGGGGAUUGUGAAUGUGGCCUCCUCUGCCAACCUCCUCACCAACUCCAAGAAUGUCCAGUUGGUCCUGGACCCUAGCUUGGCCCUGCUGAGCCGUCGCCAGCGCCGCCUCAUCCGCCAGAACCCGGGGAUCCUCCACGCUAUCGCAGCCGGCCUGCAUACUGCCAUCCAGGAGUGCAAAUGGCAGUUCAGGAACCGCCGCUGGAACUGCCCGACCACCCACAGCCCGGCAAUAUUUGGCAAAAUCGUCAACCGCGGUUGCCGAGAGACGGCAUUUGUGUUUGCGAUCACGAGUGCGGGAGUGACCCAUGCGGUGGCUCGCUCCUGCUCUGAGGGGGCCAUUGAGUCGUGCACCUGUGACUACCGUCGCCGGGGGCCUGGGGGCCCUGACUGGCACUGGGGCGGCUGCAGUGACAACGUGGACUUUGGCCGGAUGUUCAGCCGGGAGUUUGUGGACUCCAGCGAGAGAGGAAGGGAUCUCCGAUACCUCAACAACCUACACAACAACGAGGCAGGGAGAAUGACAGUGUCGUCAGAGAUGCGGCAGGAGUGUAAAUGCCAUGGCAUGUCAGGGUCAUGCGUCGUGCGUACCUGCUGGAUGCGUCUACCCAGCUUCCGCGCCGUGGGGGACUUCCUGAAGGACCGCUUCGACGGAGCCUCCCGGGUCGUCUACGCCAACAAGGGCUCCAACCGCGCCUCUCACCGCGCCGACCCACGCCAUCUCGAACCCGAGAACCCCGCCCACAAACCCCCAUCGUCCAGAGACCUGGUCUACUUCGAGAAGUCGCCCAACUUCUGCUCCUACAACGGCAAGACGGGUACCCACGGUACCUCUGAGAGGAACUGUAACAGCUCGUCUCCGGCGCUGGACGGGUGUGAGCUCCUGUGUUGCGGUAGAGGGUUCAAGACCCAGACUGAGAAGGUCACUGAGAGGUGUCACUGUACGUUCCACUGGUGCUGCCAUGUCAGCUGCCUCAACUGCACCAGCACACAGACGUUACACCAGUGCCUCUGAUCAGGGGUGAACCAGGGGGACAGGGAUGGGGAGGUGAUGAUGAGCUGGUUCUUUGGGCAGGAGGUUUGUAGAUAGAGGAGUAGGGUCCUGUGGGUUGGCGAGGUAGAUAAGGGAAGGUCUAACUCUAUAAAGGGGCAAUUGGAGGGUGAAAAAAAGUGAAUACCGGGAGUACUAGAUAUGAAUCAAAGUACUAGAUAUGAAUCAAAGUACUAGAUUUGAAUCAAAGUACUAGAUUUGAAUCAAAGUACUAGAUUUGAAUCAAUGUUUUUGAGGAAGAAAGAAGAGGGAAAGCACAACUAUGACUACAGGGUGUAGGAAGAGGGCGGGUGUGUUGUGUGUGAACAUGUGUGCUUACGUGUGCUUGCUACUGACACUGUGGUAACGUGAGAGUAUGUAAGUGUGCUUACUGGGUAUUUAAAUGUUGUAGCUAUCCAACCAUGUAGAAUGGCAUGGAAACCAAUCCUCUCUAUGGCUUCCCAGCACGAGUAACAAGACCAGAGGCAGCUUAGGUAAAAGGAAGUAGUUAAACAGGAAAUAGAAUUGUGGCAAGGAAUAAGCAAACAAAAUUAGUCAGAGAGACGCUGCGAUUUAAGGCUUUUGCCCUCUCUGACCUUACAAAAUACAGUUMGUCUCUCUGUUCUCUUCACCUCUUCCCUCUACAGCAAGAGAGAGGAGUGUGAGGAGUGGAGAGAGGAGUGAUGGGAGAGGAGGAGAGAGAUGUGAGGAGGGGACAGGAGUAACAGUUACUGGACAAUGUCAGACAGAUGUCUCUGUGGCGGG